AGCGGCUUGAUCGCAAGUUUUUCGAUGCUUUAUGACAUCGUUAAAAGUUUGUGUGGAUGAAUAUUCGCAGUCGAAACACGAGGGGUUUUAUUCCACAGACAUUACACUUCGUCACUGAAGUCUGAAAGGCUGCCGGCCAGAGGAAUCUGAGACGACGCCUUUGAAAUAUGUGUCAGGAAGUCUGAGUGUCGCUCCUUGGCAUUCAAAACAAGAAACCCUUUGUUUACAUCAGAAGAACAUUAGACCAGUAUGGCCAGUGAAACGACAGUGCAAACCUUAUAUAUUGAGGAAAAUCACAAUGCUGAUGACGACUGGGAAAAUAUUCCACCUGAAAUCUCUACCGCUGCCGAGUCUUCAGAGCUCGGAGAUGCGGUUGGAUGUUCCGCCGCGCGGCCGAGCGGAGGAAAUCAGCCUCUGUCUGACGUCUGCGCCUUUUCGACGCCGGCUCCGACAAGCAGCGGAGGCAAGGCAAAGUCGCGGCUUUCUGGCCUCCAGUCUGCUCUAACACCGAUUUUAAAAUACUUGAAUAUCAACAAUAAAUGUCAGUCUCCAGUGUCGCCAAGACAAGGUAACGCAAACAGUCAAAAAACAAAUGACACUUCGAACCGACUUCUUCACCCAGAUUUCUUAAGCAGCCAUUGUGGGCCAUCAUUGGUUGGUACCAAUGCUUCUGUGAGCUUGCUGGAGGACGAAUAUUUGCCGGAAAUUACUCUGCUUGACGUGACAUGUGAUUCAACGAUGCAAGUGACGAGAAAUGAUUCGGCUCUUCCUGACAGCGUGCCUCCCUCGCCCGUCACAGCCCCGCCCGCUUGCUCCCCGCUUACCGCUCACCGGCCCUCCAAGUCGACCGCCUCCACCAGUUUAAACACGACCACGCCGAUGCCCGACGUGAAGAUGCGUGACCCCCUUGAGAGCUCUUUUGCUCCUCUGCGUUGGCUGGAUGACAGAUACUUCCCAGAAAUUACUCUCCUGGAUGUCACGCGUGACUCUGAGCCGUCGCCAGGAGCAGAAAGGUCCUCCAUGAACAUCACGCAGGAUAUUUCCCCGGCGGAAGCUUCAGAAAGCAACGCGGCUUCCGCUGGCCUCGGCGGACAAAUUGCGGCGGAGCCCGCCACAGUCGACAUGAGUCCAAGUGGGGACUUGUCCAAUACUCUUGAAGGUAACGUCGCGCUCACCAGCGGCUCUUUGAGUGAACCGUCGAAGUGUGGAGUGCAAAAUGUAACAAAAGCUUCCUUUGAACUAACUCGGGAUAUUUCUGUGAGCAACGCUUCAGGAAGUAGUCGGCUUUCAACGGAGCCGAGCGGGCGAAACGUGACGGAGGCUCACGCAGCAGCUGAGGACACUCUUGAAACCCAUCCUGUUAAUGUCACACGUGACCUGAGCUCCUCCAGUGACACGUCUGUUCAGAGUGCUGUGACACAGUUCUCCACCUCUGACAUGCAGGGUGACUCCAGUUCAAAGACGGUAACCUCUGAACUACACAGUGAGCCUGUCGUGACCUCUAAUGCCCGAGCGCUACAUACUAGCCACGGUGCUAGGGCGUCGAGCCUGAGCCCCGAAACGGCCGGGUCUGCGAACGACACGUUCACUGUUGCUCAGUCGGCCAAUCUAAGUUCCUCGAGCAGUUUUAGCGGCGCGGCUCAAACACCUCGGAAUAUGACGCUGGACCUUCCCCCAUCGAAUGUAAGCAGUCCCAAAGCGGAGAGUGAGGCCAAAGGUCAGGCUUCUUCGCUCUCAAGCAACACAACUGAAAACUCCCUCGUGGUAAGUUGCUCGGCUGUAAAAACAAAUGUCUCAUGUGACAUGCCAAAUGCCACUUUUGAUAGGAAUUCUCUACAAAGAUCCAGUGGGAAUUCUACAUUAGGAGAAGCUGCGGCUGGAACUUUCUGCCUCCAGAACAACACUUUUGAUACCAAACCUCCUCCUCAGCAGAACUACACGAUUACUCUGUCAGAAACGAGCGACUGCCUCCACAACAGUGUGGACAAGCCGUCUUCUUCGAAGGUCUGCGAUGCAACAAGUAGCCCUAAAAACCCGACUCCUGAAGCCCAGCCUCCUGAAACAUCUGAACGGACCGGCUCUAAAGUCGGUACGGAUCCCAGUGCCAAGAUGGCCGGCGUGCCUGAGAGCACGUUUGAGGUGGACCCAGUUGUAGAGAAAGCUUCUAGCGAAUCGAAACGCGGGAUUAAGGAUAUUUCACAAUCAGGGCAGCCUAUGACAGACAGUCCCUCUGACACUUCAGCCUAUCAAAGCAGAGAUUUGGACGGCAGCAAAGCGAGCACAUUCAAUUUGGACGACACCUUAGAUUUAGCAGCAGCCGCUUUGAUCACUUCGACACCAAUGCCAAACUGUAAAGUGUUCAACUUCAACAACGAGCGCGAGACGGGCAAAAUCCUUGGGGCGACGAAGAAGCUGUACGGGGACGUUCUCAGUAAGCCGGACUGUCAGGUGGCAUCGGACAUUCCUUCCAACAUCGUCUGCGACAGAAAAACAUUCCUCACGAAGCCCGCUGCCAGAUCUCUCCUGCCUCCAUCCAAAUCUACAUCCCACCUGUUGAAGUACAAACCGGCCUCCACACUUCCAGAGCGGUUUGAGCCGCUGAUGUCCGGCAUGCAGAUGAGGAGACAGAAGAUCCAGGCUGAAGCUUUGAGGAGCUCUGCAGCUUCUGAAGUGGUAAAUGUUUGCUGUAGCCUUUUCAGUAUCAUAUGACAAAUGUCUUUUUUUUAUUUAUUUUUUUAU